GUGCAGAGCGACAGCGACUCCGGACUUGCGGCGUACGUAGCUUCCCUGAUCGACCCCAGUCUCAGCUGGGAGCAUGUCGACUGGCUGAGAAGUGUCACCAAACUGCCCAUCAUUCUCAAAGGGGUUCUAACAGCUGAAGUUGCCAGGGAAGCUGUUGAACAUGGUGUAGAUGGGAUCCUAGUCUCUAACCAUGGAGCAAGGCAACUGGAUGGAGUUCCUGCUACAAUAGAUGCCCUAAGAGAAGUGGCAUCAGCAGUGAAUGGACAAGUUGAAGUGUACUUGGAUGGUGGUGUCAGAACUGGAACUGAUGUGCUCAAGGCCCUUGCACUAGGUGCGAGGUGUGUGUUUGUGGGCAGGCCUGUUCUCUGGGGUCUUGCAUACAAGGGACAAGAAGGUGUGCAAGAGAUGCUUCAAAUGCUGAAGGAAGAGUUCAGUCUCAGCAUGGCAUUGUCAGGCUGUAGCCGUGUGUCUGCCAUCACCCCAGCCUUGGUGGUUCAUGAGAGUUACUACCAGUCCAGCCUUGGCCAUGCUUCAACCAAGCAACAGUCGAAACUGUGAAGAGGUCAAUGUUUAGAGAGUAUGGCAUCAGGUGCCAACAUUUUAGUCUAUAAUGUAUUUGUAAGUGCAAUCAUGAGUGAAAAGAUUUAGAGUUAACUUGUGGGAUGAGACAAUGUUCAAAGUAACAUGUCGGAUCCAGUGUUGCCACAGGACACUACUUGUAAACCAUUUGUGGCAAACUGGGCUGCACUGUUCAGUAUGGCCAGACCAAACUGUACUCUUCUUGUACCUAACAAUUUAAAUGGAAUCAGUUCUAUCAUGGGACUUUACUCAGGUUAUAAUUGCAAACAGUAGCUACACAACAUGACCUGACGUCAAGGUAAAGGUGCAUAAAAAAUCUUCUUAGAAAAAAGACCCAUCAAAAAUGUAGUAAAGUAAUACACUGGCAGAAAAACUGUAUCAAGAAAAGUUUGAUACUAAGAGAUACAGGUAUCAUCCUUUGCUCAUAUUAUAGUGCCAUCAUGAAUCAAUAUAGGAUUUAAAUGAAAAUGUAUUAUCCAAGUCUAAGUUGUAACUAUGAAAAGUGUAGGCCAAUAGGAGCAGUGCAAUGAAGAAAUAUUUUCUUAACAUUUUGAUUACUCUUUUUGAAUGUAUUUUAGUUAUACACAUGUCAGUAAGUUGCAUGAAAUGAUUUCAUGCAUAAUGAAAUUUCAAAGAAACUAAUAUUUUUUCCUACUGGAAUUAAUAUACAAUGUAGUAUAAUACAGUAGGU